UCAUUUGCACAGUUCUCUUACAGCUACUUAUAUAUGUAGAAGUGAAUGUAAAUUCUCACUAAGCCAAGUUGGCUUUCAGACCUCUCAUAAAUUCAGGCUAUUCUACUUCUAUACUUACUAUAUAUAUAGCUUCUCUUCUUACAGCUGAUUCAGAACUCUUCUAAUAUUUUUUGCUUUCUCUUCAGUUUCUUUGCUGAUUUUUGCUGAUUAGUUCAAUAUUAUUCUCAAUCAGCUGUUAUGGUCUUUUUCUGCUUCGCCUUCUCUUGUAUGAGCUAAGCUUGUCCCCAUUCAGACACAAAAAUGUCCAUUCCUGUAAUAACACUGACUUCAGCAUCCAAAACGAGUGUUUCCGGUCCUCCCGAAAUCAGCAAAAGAUUUCGGGAUGCUUCGUUUUCCUCGUUCUUGGAUGGAGCUGAAGAAACCUUUGUACUUAAAUUGGAAGGUGCAGGCACUCAGGGCCUCAGUGCCUCCAUCUCAACCCCGCAUGAUCACGCUUUCCUUGCAAAAACUAAAGCAGAAGAGACAGAAAUUGAUGUCUUCAACGCUGAGAAGUAUUUCAACGAGGGGUUAAGCCAAGUAAAUCAUAGUCCUAAAGUUAGUUCUAAGAGUUUAGUAAGUCACCACCAGCAGAAGAGACAUGAUCCCCUUGAAAUACUUGCAGUCAAAGAGCGGCCCUCGAAUGCAGCACAAAGUAUUCGUUCUGAAUCGAGCUGGAACAGCCGGAUUGCAUUAUUGCAUUCCGUUCCAAGAAACCAGCAGCCCAGAAAAGCAAACAAGAAGAGUUUGCUUGCCAGCAUUGGCUGCAACUGUUCUUGUGCUGACAAGAAUUCUGUUGACAUUGAUGAUUAUAAUGGUGAAAACAAGAGCAAAACCACCGGGCUGGUUAAUGGCAAAUCAAAGCAAGGAGAUCAAAGAAGUGACUAUUUUGUUAGGAAAUCACAGUCAGAUCACAGCUGUGUACGAUUUGAUGGAACGGAGCUGAGGUUAAACUCCGAGGAUCAUUUCAGCUUCCCAGUUUUCAAUUCUAAAACUGGAAAUCAAGCAGCAAAAAUGCAAGUACAAGAGAAAGAUGAUAGUACCGCGAAGAGGAAAUCGCUAGAAGUGUUUGGCUCCCCCAUCCUGGAAAGUAGUCAGACUAGCUUGAGCCUGGAGAAGAAAUUAACUGUGAUGGCUACUUGGGAUGCAAUUGCUGCACAAGAAAUCAAGAUUCCUUCAAUUUCCAGUGAAAUGCAUGACGACAGUGACAGUGAUGCAAGUUCAGACUUAUUUGAGAUCGAGAGCUUUUCAAAAGGCAACCCUUUUCUUUCCAGGCAGGAAUCAGAUGGCCUGUCAGGCUGCCUUACUCCCACAACCUGUUAUGCACCAAGUGAGGCAAGCAUAGAGUGGAGUGUUGUAACUGCCAGUGCUGCAGAUUUCUCUGUUCUGUCGGAUUCUGAAGAGUUAAGACUGUCCUCCACCAUCUCAACCCCACAUAAAGUGGGCCUCAAUUCUAAAAUCCCAAAACUGCGUUCGAGUAUUCUGUCAGGUUGUAAGAGUCACAAAGCAGUUAGAGUUGCUGGAGAUGCACAUAGAGCAAGUGAGCAAGGAUUUUCCAAUGCAAGGAGGAACCUCGAGCCGGUAUCCUUCACAACGACGACAAGAUUUCAUAAUGAGCAUAAGCUGGCUAGUUUUGAUGCACGAAGGAGGCAGCAAUCAUUUGAUGAACGCCUUCUCUCUCGAUCACGAUCUGGAAGUGCUACACAUCUGUUAUAUACUUAGUUAAUGUAUCAUGUUGUCAUCUUUUACCAAGUUAUUUGAGUGAGAAGAACUACUAAAUCCACUA